UCUGCACGCUUUUUGCCAGAAUCACAAUGCAACAUGGCUUUCCGGUAUGCGAAUAUCUUCAUUGGCGCAGGAUCAACCUGUCAAGCAGAGGCUAGACUAAAGCGAGGAAUGUUCGUGCGUUCUGUUUACAGUGCACAUUCCUGUAGCGGACUACGAAGUUGUAUGAAAUGGGUUGGCCUGGAUAGACUGCCAGAUAAUGCAAGACACCAGUGUCCAAAUCCAUCUCAAGUAACAAUCUUUAUCAGACCAGUGAAGAGGAAUGGUAGAGUUUCAAAUUGCUAUAGCAGUGUAGACGGUAACAAUGACCCGAUUAUACGUAUUUUCAUGGAAUACACGACAGAGAAAGAGCACCCUGCAUCGGCACCCACUUCACGCAGACCUCUGCCGACCACUGUACAACCAUGGCCUACAACUUUCAUAUAUACGCCAGCAGAGCCAAGAAACACACCACUUCUACCGACCUUGGACAUUACGCAGCUCAUCCUACAAAUUACAUCCGAGAUCCAAACUAAAAAUGCAAAUUCGGUCUUGACAAAUUCCGACAAAGGUCCAGAUUCAUCUUCAAAUGGGACUUCCUUCACGCCCGGUGAAAACCGUAUCACAAGGGGAGUCUCAAACACAGCAAUUGCAUCCGCAGAGGGAGACCAUAACAAUCGCAGUAUACCAUCCACGCCAACACUGACUUCAAUGGAAGCGUCUCAACCGUCGUCUUUUCUCAGCCGUGGAGCCAUAAUAGGCAUUUCAGUGUCAGUUAUUGUCAGCGGAUUCCUAUUGGCAGCGGUUGUCCUGCGUAGGUAUCGCUCUUCCAGGCGUCUAACGGAAGGUGGCCAGAACCCACUCAACUGUACUAACGCUGUAGAGAGCAAUUCAGGUCAUCCGGAUGGCCCUGUCGCCAACACCCAAGACAUUGCCAUGUACGAGACCGUGCCAAAUGAUGUCUCGAAACGCACCAAACUAUCAGGAGCAACGCAAGGUAACAAGCAGUCCAAUGUUCCCAUGUACGAAAGCACAGCGUAUGUCAGCAUCACCAAGAAAUCGUGUGAUCUCACGGAGAGUUCUGCUUACGGAACCAACUCAGAUACCAACUAAAAAUUACGCAUUGCAAUUGUUCAAGCGGUACUUUUGACACAUUUUACAAGCACAUUGACACCGGAAUUAGUACCCCCCCCCAUCUUUUUUACUUUAGCGGCACGCAUUCAUUACGUUUUCUGUCUUAACGCUCCCUUCUCACAUGUAUGUACCUCUGUCUUCACCAAUAUUGCAUUAAUAUAACCCUGAGGUUCGUAACUCCAGGCUGUUACAGAAUUUGAGUGAAAGAGUUGCUCAUGAGCUUCUCUUGCUGCAGUGAAUGGCAUGAUAGCGUGAGUAAGCUUUCCAGCUUUAAUUUUCUCACCACAAUGAUCAUAAAGUUGCCCAGGGUUUGGCUUGACUGCUAUCUGCAAAGUAGACGUUUCUCUCUUAUUAUCCCAAUUCAUUCUUUUACAC